AUGUCCACCACCACCAAGAAACGGGAAGAAACAUCAUCCUCCACCGACAACAACAGCAGAAGAAGAAAAAGAAGAACAGUUUGGAUUGACACGGAUGUGGGAUUUGACGAUCUUGUUGCCAUUUCUUCGUUGGACUGUAGACAAGAUAUUGACAUUGGUCUAGUGACAACAGUGGGUGGAAUUCAGUCCAAUCCUGUUGAUUCCGCCAAGUUGUUAAUGGAUACAUGGUUAGUGCCAACAACGACAACCGUGAUUUCUGGUUUGGUACCACUGGCAAUCCAAAACGAUGAGGACAUUGAUUCAACACCCAGCUGGUUACAGAAUACACGAAAAAAGCUGAAGAGUUUGCACUUGGAAGUAAUUGCUUUGCAAGCGAAGAAUCACCCGCCUUUUGGCAGCAGCAGCAGCAGCAGCAGUACUUUGGACACCCAAAAAGGCUGGAACCAGCUGGCUCAGUUCUUGACAUCCCAAGAGGACCGUAGCGUUGAUUUGCUCUGCCUUGGCCCAUUGGCCAACAUUGCCUAUUGCCUGCUUGAUGGUAACCGCAACAACAAUGAAGACGAUACUACUAUGAUGAUGCAAGAAUUGAUGGACUCCAAGUUGCGACAAGUGUGGAUCAUGGGCGGCAACAAUCCUUCCGUGUCAAAUGAACCAGAGUUCAAUUUUGCCACGGAUGCCUUGGCUACCGCGCAAGUUUUGGAAGGAUGCUCUGCUGCGCUCAAGGAUCGAAUCCACAUUGUGCCAGCGCAGACGUGCGAGCUACAAAACAAUCUUGAAAAUACUACUACUACAACUACUACUAGUAGUAAUAGUACUGUGCCAACAGUAGAAGCUACCUGGGAUCGGUUGGUAAAUCUAGCAACCUCCGAGGAGGAGGCCAGUGAGAGUUCUAAGGACCGUUCGAUGAGCCUUUUGCAAAGGGUCUUUCAAUCCACUCCAGAUUUCAGCUCUCUCAAAUACGAUGCCAUUUGUGCCUUUGCCUACUACCGAGAGGAUCAAGUGGCCAUGGAGCAACUGCAAAUACGGGUCGAUUCUACUUCGGGUGCACUAGUGGAAGACAAUUAUCAAUCUGCUGGGCUCCGUUUCGUCACGGAUUUCCCGCUGAAUGGUCAAGACGGAUUCUUUCAAUGGAUACAAGAAGCAAUAGAAUCAUCAUCAUCAUCAUCAUCAUCAUCAUCAUCUACAAGAUAA